AUGACUACAGCCCUUCAAAAACCCCAAACGCACAACCUACCGAAGACGACCCGCAAAUACAGUACCAAAAAUGCAGACUGGGAGGAAUUUAAGAACAAGGUAAGGACAGGACACAUAAACCACGACAUCACCCAAGAAAAGAUACAAGGACAGGACACAAAGGCCGGGGUCAAUAACAUAGUAAGGGAAUAUAUGAAAUCAAUAACAAAUGCCGCCGAGAAAAAUAUCCCCAAAUUGAAACAGAGGAAGAAAAGCUUCGAUCCACCCUGGUGGAACAAAGAAAUAGAGGCCCUAAAGAAAGACAUGGUUAGGAAAAAGAAAAGGAUCUCAUACGCAGCUCCCAGGAGGAGAGAGUGCGUAGUAACUGCCUACCUGGAGGCAAAAAAGAUAUACGAAGAAGAGAUCGAAAGGGCUCAAAAGGAAGGGUGGAAAAAACUCUGCACGAAGCAAGAAGGGGAAAGCUUAUGGGACAGGAUAUAUAAAAUAAUAAGAAAGGCGGAAGGGAUCAGGGAAGACACCACGCUAAUAGAGAAGGGCAUUUCGUUGAACUCCGAAGAAUCGGUGCAGCUGCUGGCACAGAAAUUCUUCCCGCCUGAUAAUUGCGAGAUGGAUGAUGACAUCCAUCAAAAAAUGAGAAAAACGGUUGAGGAAAUGACCAGCAGCUUGCAGGGAAGUAGCGCUGAUGAAGUGCCAAUCACAAUGGCGGAGCUCAUCAGCACUGCUAGAAGCUUCAACCCGAGGAAGGCCCCGGGGGCCGAUGGACUCACUGCGGAUAUCUGCUGCGCAGCUAUCACGGCGAACCCGGAGGUUCCCCUGGCCAUCUUCAAUAAAUGCCUCGAAGUGGGAUGCUUCCCUGAUCUAUGGAAGGAAUGCACAAUAGUGGUACUGAGGAAGCCAGGAAAGGAGGAUUACGCGGCCGCCAAAUCCUACCGUCCAAUAGGCCUCUUGCCAGUCAUGGGGAAGAUACUAGAAAAGGUUAUCAUCAACAGGAUCAGACACAGCCUACUCCCCAGGAUGAGCAGGAGGCAGUAUGGAUUCAUGCCAGGAAAGAGCACGGAGGAUGCCCUCUACGAUAUCCUGACAAAAGCGAGGAGCCACAUUAAAAACAAGGAAAUAGUGCUGAUGGUGUCGCUAGAUAUCGAGGGGGCUUUCGACAACGCAUGGUGGCCGGCGAUCAAGUACCAACUAGCAAAGAAAGACUGUCCCAAGCAACUAAGGCUGGUAGUGGAAGACUACUUCAAAGGCAGGAGGGUGGUGGUCCGCUACGCAAACAGAGAGCAUGUGAGGCAACCUGAAAAGGGAUGCAUUCAGGGCUCGAUUAGCGGCCCCACCUUCUGGAACAUCUUGCUCGACCCACUACUGGUCGAACUAGAAGAAGAUGGGACAUACGCACAGGCUUUCGCAGACGAUGUUGUGCUGAUGUUCAGCGGAACGGACACGCACUCCAUCGAAAACCGAGCAAACGUUGCCCUCGAGUACGUGAGGAAGUGGGGUAUCGAGAACAAGCUCAACUUCGCGCCACAAAAAACCAAAGCAAUGGUCCUGACGCGAAGGUUGAAGUUCGAUACCCCAAGAAUAAGAAUGAAUGGACAAGACAUAAUAAUGGAAAAGGAGAUUAAAUUACUGGGAUUGACGAUAGACGAUGGGCUAACGUUUAAUAAGCAUGUGCAAAAUGUCACAAGAAAGGCGGCAGAUAUACAAAAGAAAAUAGCAAGAAUGGCGAAGCUAGAAUGGGGAAUGACGGGGGACAUGGUACACCAGGUAUACCAAGCCGUCAUAGAGCCGAUAGUGACUUACGCGUCGGCAGCCUGGGCACCGACAGUUAAGAAAUUGUGCACAAGGAAAAACUGGAGACGGUGCAGAGGGCUUUCGCACAAAAAAUAG